AGGGCGUCUCGGGCCGGCUAGGGGGGCUCUUCGCGGCAUCCCCUAGCCGCCCGCGCCUGACACGGCCAGGGUGGGGGCGUUGUCCCCGCCCCCUCUCCGGAGGUGGCGCCCCUCGCGGACCCAACAAGCUGCCGUUGUCCCGCGGGCCCGUGGGCUCGGCACACUGGGGCUUUGUCCGGCCCCCCGACACGACCCACGGGGGGGGCCCCACAUGACCGAGGGGGUAGGAGGAGCCUGCGGCGGCGGUGGCGGCAGCGGCGGCGGCAGCUCCACCAUCACUUCCCUCCCGGGCCGGGGGUCGGCGGGCGGUGGCGGCGGCGGCAGCGGCGGCGGCUGGACAGGGCUGGGCAGGGCCGCAGACGCCGGGCCCCCGGUUCCCCGCUAGGCUCCAGGCGCCGGGCCUGGGCCAUCAGGGCAGCUGUGACUCGAGCGCUUUCCGGGCUGCGAGCUGGGGGUGCGCCUGGCCCCCCGGGCCCGGGACCAUGGGAAAUGGCAUGACCAAGGUACUUCCUGGACUCUACCUCGGAAACUUCAUUGAUGCCAAAGACCCGGAUCAGCUGGGCCGGAAUAAGAUCACACAUAUCAUCUCUAUACAUGAGUCACCCCAGCCUCUGCUGCAGGAUAUCACCUACCUUCGCAUCCCAGUGGCCGACACCCCUGAGGUACCCAUCACCAGUGCCUGCCAGCGUGGGAUGGACCCAGACAGAACCCCGCCCCUGGGGAAUCGCCCUCAGCCCGCUGCUGGCCAUCACUGCAAAAAGCACUUCAAAGAAUGUAUCAACUUUAUCCACUGUUGCCGCCUCAAUGGGGGGAACUGCCUUGUGCACUGUUUUGCAGGUAUCUCUCGCAGCACCACCAUUGUGACCGCAUAUGUGAUGACUGUGACGGGGCUGGGCUGGCGAGAAGUGCUGGAAGCCAUCAAGGCCACCAGGCCCAUCGCCAACCCCAACCCAGGCUUUAGGCAGCAGCUUGAAGAGUUUGGCUGGGGGAGUUCCCGGAAGCUUCGCCGGCAGCUGGAGGAGCGCUUCGGCGAGAGCCCGUUCCGCGACGAGGAGGAGGUGCGCGCGCUGCUGCCGCUGUGCAGGCGCUGCCGCCAGGGCUCCUCGACCUCGGCCGCCUCCGCCGCGCCGCACGCGGCGGCCUCCGAGGGAACCUUGCAGCGCCUGGUGCCGCGCUCGCCCCGGGAAGCCCACCGGCCGCUGCCGCUGCUGGCGCGCGUCAAGCAGACUUUCUCAUGCCUCCCGCGGUGUCUGGCCCGCAAGGGCGGCAAGUGAGGAUCCCGCCCCGCCGCGGCUCCCUCUCCUCCCGACCGGUCCCCUUCGCGGGGCUGCCUGGGCCGCCCACGGCCAGGACGAGCCCCGAGGCUGCGGGAGCCCGCGCGGCCUGAUCCCCCGCCCCGCCCCCGCGCGUGUCCGCGUCGGCGGUGUGUGCGUCUCCACCUGUGCGUGUGUCCGGGCCGGCCUGCUGCAGCCACCUGGUGCCUUAGUCCUUGGGCUGGGGGAGGGCUCCUGUCCUCCACUCGGAAAGGCGGCGGGAGUGGGAGGGGAGUGGGGCGCGGGUAGGGGGUGGGCGAGCCUGGAGGAUAUUAAAGAUACACAGAAGCUG